AUGUUUCUUCGAUCUACUUCUGAAGCAGGAAAAGAUCGUGUCUUUGGGCAGUACCACUCAUCUUCUGGCUACAUAUUUGGAAAGGCACAAAACACCCUUGAGGUGAUGGAAAAUGACUAUUUAUGGGUAGCUUCUCUUCCAACCGGACCAAAAUGGCAUUCAAUGACCCUUAAAAUGAUCAGGUACCUAACUAUCCAACCGAUAAACCUCAUCUGGCGUGAUGGCUUAGAGGUAGUGCAAGAUCUCUUUGCAAAUCCAAUUUUUGCAAACCAUGUGACAUAUGACCCACAUGUCGUGGUCGAUGGUGGUGAGUGCAAAUACAGUGAAUAUUUUAUGGCCCAACAAGCAUUUGAAAUUCAGGAUCAACUUCCUGAAGGUGCUACCAUCAUUCUGAUGAUCGUUGCAUCUGAUAAGACACUUGUGACCCAGCAUAUGGGAGGACUUGAAAUGUGCCCUAUUCUUGUCACUGUUGGCAACAUUCAAUCUGACGUGCGGAUGAGAGCAACAUGUCAUGCUUGGCAAUGUAUCGCAUAUAUGCCAAUUCCCAAAUUUGUUGAUGUUCAUCCUGACUACCAAACCAUUCUCAGCCAACAUCUGUUUCAUAAGUGCAUGAACAUUGUCUUUGCAGAUGCUAAGGUCGCAGCCAUGGAGAAUUUUCUCCAUACCUGUCACAAAUUUUUCUUUGACCACCCAUUCAAGUGGUGCAAAGAAUCAGUGGGAAAGGACAAACUCAAACUCCAUUUCCGAAGUCACUACAAGAGAGUAGGAACAUGCCAUUUUUUAUCCGGAGUAUGUCAGAUGAAACAAAUGACUGGUCAGGAACAUUGGGACUUGCAAUGCACCUUGGUUCCUUCUAUUACUGGGGCCCAAAGCCCUGUUUAUUCUGGCACCUCUUUUCAUGAUCAUAAACAUGCAAUAUUGGAUGCAGGUGUGAGACGAGGCACCAAAGGAACACUCGACAACUUUAUCAUCCCAAAGCUUGAGCUUUUGCAGAGUUUUGCUAUGUUCACCAAGGAUACUGGCGCCCUCAUUCAAUGGACUGCUGAUGUCACUGAGCGUCUUCUCAUUACUGAUUGUAAACUCCCUUUUAAGAGGACAUCAUGCCAGUCACAUACCUUCACAGAACAAAUCAUUGACAUUCUUAACUGCAAGGAGUCAAUGCGGCGAUUCCAAUUGUACCUCUUCCUAUGGAUGCAUGAUUCCCCCCUUGUCACUGAAAGUGACCCUGCUCUUGCUGAUCUGAAUCAAUGGUGUUUUGUCGGGCCAUGCCCAAGUAUCCUGUCUUCCACUGCUACAGCUGCCUUUCACAUCACUAUGUCUCUCAAUGAAAUCCAGCAGCUUUACGCACUGCCAGAUUUUGGACAAGCACUUCCUGAUUAUAUUAUGAAAGCUUCCACCAGUCAAUUCACAACAGCAUGGAGCAAUGAUUAUGGUUGUCUGAAGACGUGGAAUAAAACAGUUUCCUCUAUAAAUUGUGAUGCUGUGAUUAUGCAGUCGAUACAGAGCAACCAGACAGUAAAUCAUAUUGCUCAAGUGCAGGCAGUCUUCCAGCCCAUUGCACCUUGCCACAUCACACUUCCCUACUACCUUGCAGACCAACCGCUCCUCUAUGUCCAGUACUAUGAGAUCAUCGGGGAUCCAGGUAGUCAGCCUGCCAUCAGUAUGUAUAUGGUGGCCCAAAAAUAUCGGGAAGGGCCCACAGGCCAGUGGAUAAGAUUGGGUGCAGUCAUUCCUCUCACAGAUAUCACGCAUGCGGUAGAGCUUCUUCCUAUGUACAGCUAA